AUGCGUGCCUGCCUGCGGACAAUCCUCUUCGUCGCCCAGCCGCCGCUGCGCCGCGCCCACUCGGCCGCCAGAGCGGCGGCCGCAGAGCUUCCGCGCCGCUAUCUCGCGCCGCCCGCGCUGCCCGAGCCCGGUGUCGCGUGCUGCGUCAGUCACUACGAGGCGAUCGCGCUGCACACCGCGCUUCAGCCUCGCCGGCCCGACUCAGCGAGCGGCUCCGUCUCCCUCGGGAGAGGCGACCUCGGCGCCCUCACCGUAGACCUCGGCCUGGCGCGUCCGGCGAGCGCAGAGGUGUCGGCGUCGCACGUGCGGCUGCGUGGCACACGCGGCAUCGAGGGCGAGGAGGAGUGGACGGCGUGCGUGCCGUGGGCGUUCCUCGACCGGGUGGCGCGCAAGCGGCGGGCGGGCGUGUGGCAGUGCUACGCUCCAGGGCAGGGUGAGGCGGAGGCCGCGGAGGAGGCAGAGGAGGAUGACCUCGCGCCGACAAAGGUGGAGGGUCUUAGCGAGCUGACGAGCCGGCCCGCCUCCCUGCUCCCGCUGGACGAGGCCUCGCCGACGCCGCCAACCGCCGUGCUGGGCGGCUUCAACAUGCACCGCACCAAGGGCAUCGACCCGGCGGGAGACACGGACAACAAGCUGCGCGCGCUGGGGAAGAAGGGCGGCCGCGUGCUCGACGUGUGCACGGGCCUCGGCUACACGGCCUGCGCCGCUGCGCGGCGUGCUGGCGUGGUGACGAUCGAGCUCGACCCCGCCAUGGUCGAGCUGCAGCGCGCCAACCCGUGGUCGCGGCAGCUCUUCGACGACCCAAAGAUCACGCGGCUGCUCGGCGACGCGACGGAGGUGCUGCCCGCGCUGCCAGAGGGGUACUUUGACGCUGCCGUCCACGACCCGCCCGCCAACGCCAUGUCGGGAGAGCUCUACUCGCUCGAGGUGUACCGCGCGCUGCGGCGGCUGCUGCGGCCGGGCGGGGUUCUCUUCCACUACGUGGGCGACCCGGCCUCGAAGGCGAGCGGAAGGCUCUUCAAGGGCGUGCUGCAGCGGCUGCGCGAGGCGGGCUUCGACGCAAAGACGACUCCCGCAGCGUACGGCAUCACCGCGGUCGCACGCAAAACUUACGAGCAGGGUAACGGGGCUCGGCUAGUUACAAGGGUAGUUUACGAGCCUGAGCCCUGGUCUGACAGCCUGACAGCAAACCCCGGACAGCGCCUGACAGUGCCCGACAGCCUGACAGCGUGGACAGCACUUCUCUGA